UGGACGAGCAGGAAUACAUGUUGUUUCUCUCUACAGUACGGGACACACUUCACUAUGACCGGCAGACAGGCAGUAAAAGCGUAUUUGGAUCUCAUGUCACAGCCAUGCAGAGCUGUGCUAAUAUUCCUAAAACAUAAUAAAAUACCACACACGGUGGAACAAAUUGCGAUAAGAAAAGGGGAGCAGAAAACACCCGAGUUCACCAAACUCAACCCUAUGCAAAAGGUGCCAGUGCUGGAGGACAAUGGGUUUGUUCUUACUGAAAGUGAUGCAAUUUUGAAGUAUCUGGCAACAACCUACAAAGUGCCCGAUCACUGGUACCCCAAACUGCCAGAGAAAAGAGCACGAGUUGAUGAAUACACAGCCUGGCAUCAUAUGAACACACGAAUGCAUGCUGCCACAGUCUUCUGGCAAGAGGUUUUACUGCCACUCAUGACAGGACAGCCGGCAAACACUGCAAAGCUGGAAAAGGCCCUAUCAGACCUGAACGGCACACUAGACAAGCUGGAAAACAUGUUUCUGAAGAGACAGGCCUUCCUGUGCGGUGAUGACAUCUCACUGGCUGACUUGCUAGCAAUUUGUGAACUCAUGCAGCCAAUGAGCAGCGGGAGGGACAUUCUGAAGGACAGACCCAAACUGAUGAGCUGGAGGGGUCGAGUCCAAUCAGCGCUGUCUGACUCCUUUGACGAAGCUCACACUAUCGUCUACCGCCUGAGGGAUAAAUUCACUGCUAAACUUUGAAAAAUCACACGGCAAGGUGUUUUUGGACUUGACUUAGAGUGAUUUAGAAUUUAGUCUGUCUAAUAACGAUAUGCAGUUUGAUUAAUUUAUGGUAAUCAAGGCAUGCAUCAAAAGUUUAGGUUAAAUGUUGACAAAGUUUGUGCCUUUUCAAAAGAAAAUCUGCAUAAUAUAAAUGUCAUGUUUUUUUUUUGAUUAUCAUGCAUUAUAUUAAUACACAUACAGUGCACCGCAUAAAAGAGCACAAUUCCUUUUAAUCCAUUUUGUGUAUUUAAAAUUACACUUUCGUUAUGUUGGAGGCUGUUUUUGCCCCAAUUGACUUCCAUUAUAAUCACAUUUAUUGAUUGCAAAGCCUUGACAGCACGUAAUCAUGCAUUCUUGAUUGUUGGUGCUUUUCUCUGUUGGGAAGAGGUCAAACUUGUCAUUUUUACUGUUGAUCAUUAGUUGGCACUAUUAACCCUUUAGAUAAGCAUGUGCAAAAAAAGGUUCUGGUUUAUAUAUAUAGUUCUAUGGAGUUCUAUGGAGUAAAACCAGCUACAAUCAAGAAUGCAUGAUUAUAUGGUAUCAUGGCUUUGCAAUCAAAACAUGUCAUUAUAAUGGAGGUCAAUGGGACAAAAACAGGCAUCAAUAUAAUGAAUGGGUGGUCAAUUUGCCCAGUGUGUUGAGUUUUUGAAAAAUUCCAAAGCAUUUUCCCAAAAUAGAUGUCACCAAAUAUCAGCCAAAUUAAGCCUCAAAAUAACCCCAGAGUGGACGAAAACAUCCCCAACAGCACACAAGGGUUACUGUGAAUAUUUUUAUUCAUUUCUCAGUGAAUAUGGUGAAUAUAAAUAUAUUUUGGUGCAUUUAAAUAGUUUUAUUUUAUUAAGUUUUAUUUUUAUUAUUUUAUUUAGUUUUAUUAAAGUUAUAUUCAUUAAAAUAAGAGUCAUCUUGAGGAAAAUAAGGAAACACAUUUAAAUUCAAAUUAAAACUACAAAAUUCCCCCUAAAUUUCAUAUUUUUUAUGGUUCUAUAAUUUUUUCCUUUAUCAAAAUGUGUCUAAUAUUUUUGCCUAACAUAUUUAUUGGUUAAUUAAUUUUUGCACUGUAAUCUUGUUAUUUAGUCGGAUCACUUCCAGUUUUGGCUUUGGUAUACUGACUAAUCUAAUGUAUACACUCGCCAGCCACUUUAUUAGGUACACCUGUCCCAACUGCUCGUUCACGCAAAUUUCUAAUCAGCCAAUCACAUGGCUGCAACUCAAUGCAUUUAGGCAUGUAGACAUGUUAAAGACGAUCUGCUGCAGUUCAUUAGAAUGGGGAAGAAAGGUAAUUUUAGUGACUUUGAAUGUGGCAUGGUUGUUGUUGACAGACGAGCUAGUCUUCAGCUGGCCAGACUGGUUCCAGCUGAUAGAAAGGCAACAGUAACUCAAAUAACUACUAGUUACAACCGAGGUCUGCAGAAGAGCAUCUCUGAACGCACAACACGUUGACAAGGAGUUCACUGUACUCAAAUGGCCUCCACAGUCACCAGCUCUCAAUCCAAUAGAGCACCUUUGGGAUGUGAUGGAAUGGGAGAUUUGCAUCAUAUAUGUGCAGCCAACAAAUCCACCAAAAUCUAUUUUGGUGGACUAUUUCCGAUAGUUCUGAAGGCAAGUAAGGUACUAGUAAGGUGUACCUAAUAAAGUGGCCGGUGAGUGUAUAUACAAAUAUUUAACAUCCUUUAGAAAGUAUUAAUUUAAAAGAAAGAUCUGUAAGAGGUCUGUACUCAUUUAUUCUGGGCACUGUAUAAUGCAUUUUAUUUAAGUGAGGAAACCAAUUUUUGAUGCCAAACAUAAUUCAUAAGCAUUGGUCUUGGUUAUACGAGACGGAAUUAUACUAAAAAGGGAUUGAAAAUCUGCAUAGACAUCUACCCGUUUAGGAUUAAGGACUAAUUUUUGGAAAAAAAAAAAAAAAAAAAAAAUAUCACACAUAGAACUCCAGAGUGUGCCUUUUAAACGUCUCCAAUUUUAUACAAAUUAUUUUAGAAAUGAAAUAGAAACAUUGUUUGUGAUAAAGUUACAAAAUGAGAGGAAUAGAAAAUGUAAAACCAUUUUAUUUUCGACAAGAAAUGGUACAAACACGUAUUUACAAGAGCAGUACAGUGUUGAACAGAUCACAGGACUAAGUUUUAAAAGGCCACCAUCAGAACAAAUACAAAAACUUCUAAAAGCAUGUGUAGAUCAAGGCCCGGGUUUCCUCUUGGAUGACGGUUCACCUUCUCCCUCUUGUGCCUUACGUUUCUGCUAGAAAUUAAAUAGUUUUAAAUAACAACUGAAGCAUUGUAAUUGACAUUUACAUUAAACUGUAAAAUGUAUGUGGGAAAUCCAGUAUUUAAUUUCCUCUAAAGUUUAAUUAAAACGUUUAAUUUACUAAAA